GUCCGGUGUCCGUGAGUGAGUGUGUGAAGUCGAGCGUGCCAUCUGCACUUUCCACUAAAUGGAUACCGCCAAAUUGAGCGACUACAGCCAGGAGGCCAAGACGCACUUGGAGCAGCUCCAGCAGACGCUCACGCACUUGGAUCAUCACUCGCUUUCCCAUUCGCACCCGCAUCCGCAUUCGCAUCAUCAUCAUCCCCAUCAUCAUCAUCAUCAUCCUCACUUGGCGCUCUAUCAUGGGGCACCGAAUACAUCCACGUUAACCACAGACUCGGUGGUUUCCUGUGUCAGUUCAACGUUGCCGGCCGUGGCCAAGGCCAUAUCCUCAUCGUCGUCUUCCUCCAGUUGCGGCCACCUGGAGUCGGAGCACAAGAAAUGUCACAGCAAUGACCUGGAUGCCGGCCACACUCUGAUGGAGGCCAUCUGCAUUGGCCAGAAGUCAACAGCAACAUCGCCGGCCCUAGCGGCCCUAGCCGGAAGCUUGACGCCGCCGCCGCCGCCGCCGCCACCGGCAUCGAUUGCAACGUCCGCUCUGAUGAAUGCCACCGCGGCCUCAAGCAGCUCAAACGGAGGUGCUGCCUCCCUGUGCAAUGAUCUCACACGCGAGUCGGCCUGGUAUGCGCAUCAUCAUCAUCACCAUCACCACCACCAUCACCAGCAAUUGGCCGAUGAGCUGGUCAUGUAUGCAACGCCCACGCCCACGCCGGCUAUUGGCAAAUUCGGUCUGGACACAUCCACCGAGGGUUACUUGAACGCAAGGUACAAUGUGAAUGUCAAAGGCGUGCGCCAUGAAAGAACAUCAACUUUCUUCGAUAUACCCGCUGUGACGCACCCACACACCCAUCCGCACCCGCAUCCGCACUCACAUCCGCAUCCAUAUUGCUACAGAUUUCCAUCAUCGCCACCCGCGGGCAUUCUGAAAAAGAGCGACGAAGAAACGGCCAGCGCUGCCGCCGUCGCUGCUGCUGCCGUCUAUUGCAACGAUGUCUCCUCUGGCCAGCACUUUCAGCCCAACACAAAAAUCGAGCACGCCGACUCCACCACGACAGCGGCACAGCAACAGCAGCAGCAGCAACAACAGCAGCAACAGCAGCAACAGCAGCAGGAGCAUCAGCAUCAGCAACAACAAUUACAACAUGCUGCACUGCAUCCGCACCAUCAUCAUCAUCAUGGACACCACCACCAGCAGGCGGAGCAGCAGGCACUGACCCACCUGACGCCACUGCAUGCAGCCUCAGCCUUCAAGUUCAGCCACACGGCUGUCAUCUCCAGCUCGGCUGUCUAUGGCACACCCGCGCACUAUGUCCACCAGCAGCAGACGCAAUCCCAGUCGCACGCCGCCAUCUAUAGAGAUCUCUCCCCCAACUCAGCGGCGGCGGUGAGUGAUGGAGACCUCAAGUAUGAUGGCAGUCCGUACAAUGCCACCAUAUCCUCCACCUAUCCCGCGGCUCUGCGGCCCAGCGUUGUCGAUUCGACCACGUCCAGCGAUGCGGAGCUGCGCCUGGAUCAGUUCUAUGCCAGCAAUGGCAUCUCCACGAGCAGCAGUGGCCAGCCCAUAAGCCAGCGGCGUGGCUCGCUGCAACUGUGGCAAUUCCUGGUAGCCCUUCUGGAUGAACCCAACACCAGUGCCAGUUGCAUAGCGUGGACUGGCCGGGGCAUGGAGUUCAAGCUGAUCGAACCAGAGGAAGUCGCUCGACGCUGGGGCCUCCAGAAGAAUCGUCCGGCCAUGAACUACGACAAGUUGUCCCGCAGUCUUCGCUACUACUACGAGAAGGGCAUAAUGCAGAAGGUGAACGGGGAGCGCUAUGUCUACCGCUUCGUCUGUGAUCCAGAUGCACUCUUCAACAUGGCCUAUGGCCAUCUCACGGCAGGCGGAACCGGCAAGAUCGAUCAGCACCAGUUGACUUUGUCGCUGGCCAAGACGCCGCCAGCUCCCACCGAUGCACAAACGCAAUCUCCUCGCGUGCCAAAGUCGGAUUAUUAUGAUACGGCCGGCUUGCAUAAGUAUUAGUAUUCGUAUAAGUAUUAGUGGCUGCAAGUGGUGUGUGG